CCACACCUGCAUUUAAUUAAGCCGAAGUUGUUUUGUGUUUCCGCUCAUUAAGUUUUCACCACAUUUGGUUUUAAAAUACAGUUUAUUCCUUUAAUCUUCAUUUAUAUUGUCUUGUUUGUAUUUUAUUUUUUUUCUCGUUCCUCUAUUUGAAUUAUGUUCGAUGGUAGAAAAUGGAUGUGCUGGCAACUACUUUUCUGGGCACUCGGCGGAGGACGAUGGUGAAAAUGGCGGCAGGGAUUCACUUAAUGGGGCCGCUCUCAGAAAGCAGGGUCAAACGGCCUGAGAAAACGGGAAUAGGAGUUCUUUAUCUGCUACUCCCACUGCUGCUAUCAACUUGCCUGGGCCAAGACACUGAUGACUGGCAAUAUGAGGAAUGUAAACUUUCUCGUUCUGGUCCUCCUGCUACCAUUGUUGCCAUUGACGAGGAGAGCCCGAAUGGAACGCUGCUGGUGGAGAAUAUGCAGAUCAAUGGCGUUGCAGAAGGUCCAGACCGAACCAUCUCUUUGUCUCUAAGGGACAACUACGACUACUGGGUGAUUUUGGACCCCUCCAAGCAAGCCCUUUACCUCAACAGCACCGGACGAGUUCUCAACAGAGAUCCCCCGUCGUACAUCCAGUCCAUCGUGGUUCAGGUGCAGUGCACCAACGAACUGGUCGGCACCGUGAUCCUUCACGAGGUCCGCAUUGUCGUGCGGGAUCGCAAUGACAACUCUCCGCAUUUCCAGCAGCCUCGAUACUACGUGGCAGUUAGUGAGCUAACGCCAGUGGGCACCACCAUCUUCUCUGGAUUCUGGGGCAACAACGGGGCGACGGACAUCGAUGACGGCCCUAAUGGACAAAUAGAAUACACCAUCCAGCACAACCCCAUAGACCCAACUGCCAACAGAACCUUUGACAUCCCACUGACGUUGUUUGGCGCUGUGGUGCUGAGGGAGCGGCUCAACUAUGAAGAAAUAACACGCUACCUGGUCAUCAUACAGGCAAAUGACCGAGCCCCCUACCCGAGCGAGCGGCGCACCGCCACCACCACCCUGACCGUGGACGUGCUGGACGGCGACGACUUGGGGCCCAUGUUCCUGCCGUGCACGCUCGUGGGGAGCACCCGCGACUGCAGCCCCAUCACCUACAAGUCCAACGUGCUGGAGCUGACGGAACCAAAUAAGGUGAACCCACUCAAUGUGACGCCGCCCAUACAAGCUGUGGAUCAAGACCGGAACAUCCAGCCGCCGUCGGACAGACCUGGGAUCCUGUAUUCCAUCCUCAUAGGCAAACCAGAGUCCUACGUGGAAUAUUUCAGCUUGAACAGAAGCACGGCCGAGCUCCUGCUGCUGAAGCCCAUCGACAGGGAACUGUACCGAAAAUUCGAUCUGGUUGUGAAGGCGGAGCAGGACAAUGGACACCCGCUGCCGGCUUUCGCCAGCCUCCAAAUUGAUGUGUUGGACGAGAACAACCAGGCGCCGUACUUCCUGGAGAGACACUAUCACGGCUUUGUUUUGGAGGGCUCGCCAGUGGGAACCACAAUAGCGAGCAAUACCAGCCUGUCGGAACCUUUGGCCAUUGUGGCCCUGGAUAACGACGUGGAGGAGACCAAGGACCCUCAGCUGCAGCUCUCGUCAGACAGCUACUACGACGUUUUCGCCGUGUCGGCCGGCGGGAUCAGACGAUAUCUCACGCUGGUGCGGCCGCUGGACCGAGAGGAGCAGGACUCCUACACCUUCACGCUGCUGGCAUUCGAUGGCGUCCAGCAAAGCGCUCCGGUCAACGUGACGAUAACCGUGUUGGACGCAAACGACAACACGCCCACUUUUGCGAAUGUGUCCUACAAUGUCCACCUGUACACCGACAUGACGCCUGGGGAAACUGUGCUGCAGCUAUCAGCUGCUGAUUCUGAUGAGGGUUCCAACGGCCAGGUCACAUAUCGAAUUUUAGCCGGAGAUCAGGGACAGUUUCUUAUUGGCAAUAGGACUGGCAUUAUUACUGUGGCCCCAGGAGUGGUGCUCCUUGUUGGGCGAAGCUAUGCCCUGACUGUGGAAGCCAUGGACACCGGGCCGGAACCUCACAGAAGGUCAUCGAUUACGACAGUCUACAUCGAAGUUUUGCCACCCAACAACCAGAGCCCUCCGCGUUUUCCCCGGCAACAGUACAGCCUGGAGAUCAGCGAAGCUAUGAGGACGGGAGCCACGGUGCUCAACCUUCAGGCGGUGGAUCGGGAGAAGGACCCCAUUAUCUACAGAAUCCACCGCGGGGAUCACCAUGAACAGUUUUUACUGCAGCGCAAUUCUGGGUAUCUGGUUCUGAAUAAACCUCUGGACAGGGAGACUCAGGACUAUUAUACUCUGGUUGUCACAGCCUCAGACGAGCGACCAGAUGGGACCUCCACCGCCACGGUGAACAUUGUGGUGACAGAUGUUAACGACAACGACCCGCUGUUCGAUCCCUCGCUGCCGGUGAACCUUACUGUCACCGAAGAACAGGGUCAAGCGUACGUCGGGCGCGUCAAGGCAACCGAUCCAGAUCUGGGUCCGAGUGGGCAGAUUUAUUAUCGUCUGGUUAACCAUCAGCGCUUUUUUUCCAUCAACGCCACUGGAGCCAUCAGAACAACAGUGCCGCUGGACAGAGAGGUAAAGGGUCACUACUUUCUGAUUGUGGAGGCCUGGGACGGCGCUGUGGACCCUCGGCGGUCCAGACUGACUCUGUCGGUGACGGUCCUGGACGUGGAUGACAACAGCCCUGUGUUCAGCCAGCAAACCUACAAUGUCAACCUUCCAGAGAACACCCCUAAAGAUACUGUUAUGCUACAGCUCAAGGCCAUCGAUGCUGAUCUUGACUCCAACCUCACCUACCGCAUCAGGACCAACGGCUCAGAUAAGGAGAUCCUUCGGCUUUUCAGGGUCGACCCAAUCUCUGGAGAGUUGUCCGUUCGCAAAGUUCUGGACUUCGAGGCCCUGACUGCCUCGAAUUCCACGUAUUCAUUUAUUGUGCAGGUCCUGGACAGCAACGGCAGCAUGCCUCCAGGCCUGGCCUCCGUUACUGUCACCAUCACGGAUGUAAAUGAUUUUGCUCCAGUCUUCAGCCAGCCAUUCUACCGCGGCUUGGUUGCUCCGAACGCCGUCAAGGGGACCGUUGUAACCACGGUGCUGGCUAACGAUUCUGACCCCGCGGGAACCCCGGCUGGUCUGGUGCGCUACACAGUGGAUCCCGAGGCCUAUUCGUACUCUGCCAGUAUAUUUGAGGUAGAGGACCUGACUGGAAAUGUUGUGACCAGAGUGAAUCUCAACGAGGAGCCCAACCUUAAGUUUAGACUGGUGGUGGUGGCCUUUGAUGAUGGGGAGCCUGUGAAGCGGAACACCACUUUGGUGGAAAUCACAGUCCUCCAGCCAUCCAUCAUUCCCGUCUUUACUCAGGAAGAAUACAGGUUUCCGCCCGUGAGCGAGGAGGCUGCAGUGGGAACCCCCGUGGGAGUCAUCCUGGCGGCUGCUGUCAAUCAAACCAUCGUGUAUUCCAUCAUCGGGGGCAACGAGGGAGGCGUGUUUGAAUUAAACGACACAACGGGACUGAUUUCCACUGCCAAGCCGCUGGAUUUCGAGACCAACUCCAGCUACGUCCUCAAGGUGGAAGCCGACUCAAUGAGGGUGGUGUCCUCCAACCUCCGGGCUCCCUCCAAGAGUAACACUGCCCUCGUGUUGAUUGAUAUCCAGGAUGAGAACGACCACUCACCAGUUUUCACUGCACCUCUUUUCAUCGGGGGAGUAGCGGAGGACGCCAAAACCUUCACCUCCGUCCUGCAAGUGCAGGCCUUGGACAGAGACACCGGGAACUACAGCUCCAUGGUGUACCGCCUCAUCAACCCACCCUUGGCAGGGAAAGACACCAAGAAUAGCAAAGAGGGCUUCGUCAUCGAGCCUCUCAGCGGCGUGGUCAAGACGGCCAUCAUGUACCGCAACAUGAGGAGGUCUUACUUCCGGUUUGAGGUGGUCGCCACGGACGACUACGGGCGAGGACACAGCAGCAAGGCAGACAUAGUGGUGUCAGUGGUGAACCAACUGGACAUGCAGGUGGUCGUAUCGAACGUCCCUCCGACGUACGUGGACAAAAACAAAGCUAAACUCCUGAGUAUUUUAGAGCGCUAUGUCCAGGAGCAAAUUCCGGGAGCAAAGGUGUUCGUGGAAACUAUCGGGCCGCAUCGUCACGGCGACGGGCUGCAACAAGAGGACUACGCCAAAUCGGACCUAAUGAUUUACGCCAUCGACCCGCUCACAAAUAGAGCGGUUUCCAGACAGGAACUCUUUAAGUUUCUUGAUGGAAAGCUCCUGGACAUCAAUAAAGAGUUCCAGCCUUUCCUCCCCCUGGGCGGGCGCAUUCUAGAGAUUAGGACCCCGGAAGUAGUUACCAGCGUGAGGAAGGCGGUGCAGACUGUGGGUUACACCGAGGGAGCGCUUUUGGCCCUGGCGGUCAUCAUCAUCGUGUGCUGUGUGCCUGCCAUACUCGUCGUCAUCAUCACCUACAGGCAACGGCAGGCCGAGUGCGCCAAGACCGCCCGCAUCCAGAUGGCGCUGCCGAGCGGAAAACCUGGAGGGGGCACCGCCAACAACUUGUACGAAGAGCUGGGCGACAACGCCAUCCGGUCCAUCCGCAGUGAUGGAAGUCUGGAUGAAAGCGAUCGUCAGCGCCUCAUCUCGGAUUUUGCCACUCGAGCGAUCGCUGCCCACCGCCAGUGUGUCGCCAAUGGAGGGGUUCUUAACAAGCUGCCCAAGUCCGAAUCGAGCAUUACCUUUUUCUCAGAUGAAAACCCCUUGACCAUCAAGAACCCCAUCUACCACGAGGAUGGCACCCUGAGUAGUCCGGAAACACUUGGACGAAACCAGAGAAGAAGAGAUCUUCUGGGGAACUUCUCUCCCUCCAGGAAGGGUCUUCGAGAAGCCUGGUUGAGAAUCAGCUCUCCCGGGGCCGAUGUGGGAUACGGCAGCUAUAGUGGUAGUGAUAGCGGGCGUGGAUCAGGGGGUGGACACAGUUGGACUCUCCCAUCCAGGUUGCAUCGAAGGGACAUGUACGACGCCUUGAGGAGGCAAGUGGUGAUGGAUCCCGUGCAGUGGGAAAUGGAGCUCCUAAAGGCUGAAUUCAAAGAUAGCAAAGACGCCGGCUUGGAUUCAGGAUUUGAGCACGGCUUGGAUUCGGACCAGAUGGUGAGCCCUAGUCUCGAGCCAAAGCUGACUGUCAAGGAACAGGCCAGGCAGUUUGAGCAGCAGGCUGUCCAGGAAAUGAGACAGAAGCUGAACAGAGACUCAAGAACGUCUCCUGAUAUUCUGCUCUCCACUUUCCCAGACUCCCCUCAGCAUCACAAGUAUAUCCCCUCCUCCCAGUCUAGAGAGGGCCCCCCUAGUAUCAUUGUCACCCAUACUGAUGGAGGCACCCCGCCGCCCAACCACAAGCCCACGCCGCCUGUACUGCGGCGCUUUGGGGCAAGUCUGACAGAAAGCCAGAGUGGGGAAGACAGACUUCAGGUCCAUUUAGACAUCAUCCCUGAUCCUCCUUCAACCCCGCCGCCGCCACCCCCGUCUGCACCGACACCUUCACCACGACCUCCUCUCUGUACCACUCCCCCUCCUCUCCAUCCAUCUUCCCCUCCACCUCUGCCUCCAUCGCCAUCUCACCUCAACAACCGCCCUCCUCUACCGCCACCUCCCCCUCCGCCGCCUCUCCCUCCUCCUCUGUCGCCCUCUCUCCUGAGGCCGUCCACCUUUGUGCUCCCCUCACUUUCUGAAGUGCCGGCCCUGCGACCGGUCUCACUCCGGCCUCCUCCUCCGCCCUUACCUGUAGAACCUGAACCCCCUCGCAGGGAGCUGAAAGGUAUCUUAAAGAACAUCCAGAAUAUAGCAGAAAUCGAGAAGUCUGUGGCCAACAUGCUCAGCCAAAUCGAUCAGAAACAGAACCCUCUGAAAAAAGUAUUGAAGAACCGUGCAUCUCCCUCUCUGGACACCACGGAGUCCCUUGACUCCUUGGAUGUUUUAGCUAGCACAGGAGGAGGAGGAGAAGGUGGAGGAGAAGGAGGAGGAGAAGGAGGAGGGGGAGACAGAGAAGAAGGAAGUGGAGAAAGAAGAGUGGACCCUUCACCUCCACAGAUUCAACCCAACCCAGGCAUGGACUCACUGGUUGAAGAACUGGAAAAACGGUUCCCCACUCAGUCCACCACCCUGUAGUUUUCACACCUGACUAAUGUUGACACAAAGAAAAGAACAAAACUCCUCAGAACAUGACUUGUCAUAGAGGAAGGAGGCAUGAGGAGGUGGUGCAGGAUCAGAGCCCGCCGAGCCAAAUGAUCUCAGUCGUAUGGAACAAUAAUUAUAUCUAACAGCGGGGGAUUUACAUAAACAAAAAAGUGAAUAAUAUCAAGAAAGUCUUUUUGUGCGUAUCUAUUUCAAUGAACCGUGAAUCCAUUUAGGAAUUAUCAUAAAGCCUGCUUCUCAACACAACUCUUCAAAGGCUAAAGACUCAACCGGGGGUGUAUCCGUGGAUGCUGAACAACUUUCAAACCAAAGAUCUUUCAACUUUUGCUCAACGACUUAACAGUUGUAUUUUGGGAGAUUUGCAACAGUGAUGUUUAUGAUAACAUGGGCACAUUUUAUUUGUUGUUUUUCUACAAUUAAGUGUAAAUAUGCAUGCAUCUCUGUCGCCAAUAUUUUAGGCAACACUUCUCAAUUUGUGGCGCCCCCUGUGUGUCGUGGCCAAAAUGCUCGGGAAAACCUGCUAGCAGAUGUGCAAUAAAGAUAUCUGCAGUCAUUUUUGCUAUUAGACAAAGUAGUCAUUGACUUACGGACGAUCAGUUGCUAAGAUGUUUUGCUUGAUGGUGACCAUGUUUUUCAGCCUAUGUUCCACACGUUCAACAUACUUUGUUUGCAAGUGUCCGGAAGGCGUGUACUAAAUUGUAUAACACUUGUGUGCUGCGGUGCAGGAACAUAAUGGCGUCUAAAUGUCUUACAUUGCCUAACUGCAUUUCCACACAUACCAACAAUGUACUUGGCUUUUACUAUAUACACACAAACAUAAAUACACAAAGGAUUUACCCUUUUAACCCAUUUUAUGUCAUGUUGUAGAUUUUGCUCUAUCUUUAAUAAAAUGUGAU